CAAGCGGUGUUUGUGUGAGACUGUGAGACUGUGGACGGGCGCAGUGGCCGCGACACGCUCAAAUGAGCGCGGUCUGAGGAAAAAAACAGACAUCCUACCUCGAUUCAAGAAGACAACUAUUUAAACCCCCGUUUUCCUUCACGUUUAGUAUUCUUGGGGUGCAAGACCGGUGGAAACGUUUGGUGAUUUAUGAAGAGCAUGAUGUUACUUCUGGUGAUGAUGUUGUCCGGGGUUUUAUUGGCACACAGUGAUGAUUUCUGUUAUGGCGAUGAACGGUGUGAUCCAUAUGCUUGGGGAGACAACUACCCCUCCUGCCAUCCGCUACUGGAGAGUCAUCAUUCUCCAAUCAACCUCAAUCAUCAGCUGACCAAGAACGGUUCUUUGGACUCGUUGAAUCUUGAAGGUUUCAAUUUGACUCCCAAAGGCCAGUGGAGGCUUGUAAAUCAGGGAUACUCGAUUGUGCUGGAGGUUGGUGAUGGGAUGCAGGUGAGCGGCGGAGGGCUUCCUGGAAUUUACCGCACCGUCCAGCUGCAUUUCCACUGGGGAAGUGUCUUCACCAGUGGAUCGGAACACACCCUGGACCACCUGAGGUUCCCCAUGGAGAUGCAUAUAGUCAACAUCAAAUCCACACAUCCAAACUUAACAUCUGCGCUGGAGGACCCAACCGGUCUUGCUGUGCUGGGGGUCUUCAUUGAUGUGUCUUCUUUGCACAAUGAAAACUUUCACCCCAUCUCGAGCGCACUUUCUUUUGUUGCCUACAAAGGACAAACCAAACCGAUUCGACCGUUUCCUCUAAUAAAUCUGUUGCCUCAGAACAACCUUGCGCAGUAUUACCGAUAUCACGGCAGUCUCACGACGCCGCCCUGUUCUCAGGUGGUUUUGUGGACGGUCUAUGAAGUGCCCAUCUAUAUUUCAUGGAGUCAGUUUGACCGUUUUAUAAGUGGCAUAUAUUCUACACAAGAAGAUGAAAAUGACCAAGUUCUUCUGCAUGACAACUACAGACACAUCCACCCGACUUACAGUCGCACUGUCUACGCUUCCAAAGACGCCAGGCGUCUCACCAACAGUGCUUCCUGUCUUACGCUCUUUCACCUUUUAAAUGUUCUUCAACUUUUGGGACUUUUAAACCUCUAAUAUUUUUAUAUUUAGAAAGUGUUAUUGGUCAGAAGCUGUGGAGAAAACUAAUUGUGGUCGCACACUGGAGCGUACGUCUUCAACAGCUCCUUUGUUAUACUCUGUGAUUCAUUGACUAUUUGAACCAGUUAAUGGAUGAGUGAUUUGUACUCUGAAGGUUUCUCUUUGCACGUAUAUCCCCUUAUUCAUUAUGACUGAACUUGAUCGCCCGAAGCCUUUUCCUGGGGAGAAUUCCCAAGGCUAUAUGUAAAGGCCAGUGUUUAGGGAUUUUGACUGAUACCAUAUAGCCGGAGGAUCUCAUUUCAGUUCAUUCCACAGGCUUCAUGUGAAUUAUACUGAAUUAUUAGACCGCUCAAUGUCUUAUGUUAUUCUAUACACUAGUGAUGUUUUCAUUCUGUGAAAAACACAAACUUACCUCAGAAGGCAAACUAUUUCAUGUGGAGAUGGUAUAAUAAAAAUGACUUUUAAUUUA